AUUUUUGGGACACCCUGUAUACGAAUGUAUAAGCUUACACCAUCGACUAAAAAAUUUGUAACAAAUCUGGCAUACACUAUUUGUUAGUUUAUGACCACCAAUGACCACUUAUGACUGCUUAUGACUUACGACGACCUGUGAGUGAUGAAAAGCGACACACUCUAGAAUCAUAUCUCAAUAUUUUCUAGAAUUUAAGUAAUUUUAUUGAACAUUGACAGAACAAAUUUAUAUCCUAACAGUUAUCUUAACUUUCUAGUCAGUGGGAUUAAUGCAUUUUCAAAUCUUUUACACUGCUUUGUGUUCUGCGAAAUGUAAAACUCAAAACGUAUAUAAAUAGUUUAAUAGAAAAUCUAUUACAAUUCUGAGAAGUUUACAUAUUAUUGGUAAACAAUGUUCAAACCAAGUCAAGAACCAGACAUACCAGCAGCGUUGGGUUUACUUUCUCACUUAAACAACGACGAGUUGAAGGAGCUAUUAAACAAUGAUGUCAAGUUUGAAGAUAUUGUCAAAGACAUAAAGCAGAGUAAGGACCUGGAAACAGAAAAGGAAAUGCUAAUGGCGAGUAACAGGUCCUUGGCGGAGUUUAACUUAUCGAAACAACCGGAAUUGCAAGAGAGCAAACAGAUCUUAAAGGAGCUCAGCGAGAAAGGAAACAUAUUGUGCACGAGCGUAAAGGAAAAACUGGAUGAGAUAAAGGAAAAGUCUGGCGAAAUGACAGUGGAUACUGCCUUAGACCUGUUGCAAACAGCUGCUGCUGAAAUCGAAGAAGAGUCAGAGACUAUAGCGGAAAAGUUCUUGGCCGGAGACAUGGAGGUGGAUGAAUUCCUAGAUCAGUUUCUAUCCAGAAGAAAGCUGAUGCACCUACGCAAGGUCAAAGUCGACAAGUUGAAAGAGCUGAUGAGAAAAUCACAUCCCUCCGGUGGUCCUGGUUAUCCGAUUGCCAGCAACUUUCCUGGCAUAACACCAGCUGUCCCUUACCCGACUGGACCUGUUUCGAUGCCCAUGCCAGUCCCAUCGGGUCUACCCCAUUACAGACCGUACUAACUUAAUCGAGACAAAUUCUAAACUAAGAUAGUUUUUAUAUAUGUUUCGUUUACAUUGGAACGUAAGAAAUAUGUUAUUUUCUGAAAAUAAUGUAAUAUUUAAUAUUAAUACAGUGUACACAGAAUUUUAUAUUAUCCUGAUAAUCAUAUAUAUUUUUUUUAAACACGUUCUGAAUGAAUUUAAAUAUAUGAUCAAUUUUACAUAGUUAGAUUAAAUACUAUGCAAGCGAGCCAUGUAAUAUAAAUGUAAUUAUACACUAUGAAAAUUGAUAUAUUACGAAGUAAUACAAUAAGAAUGUACAUUUA